AUAUAGAAUAAUUAAUAAAAAGAGAGAAGAGAAGAGAAGUAUAGUUGAGAUUUAUUAUUAUAUAAUAUAAUAAAUAAAAUGGAGAAAUACUUGAGGAAUAACUUUGAUGUGGAACCCAAGAGACCCUCCGAGGAAGCUCUGAAGCGGUGGAGAUCCGCCGUCUCCGUCGUCAAGAAUCGUCGCCGGAGGUUUCGAAUGGUUGCCGAUCUUGACAAAAGAGCUGAAGCUGGAAAAAAGCUCCUCAAACUCCAGGAAAAGAUAAGAGUAGCCUUAUGUGUUCAAAAAGCAGCAUUGCAAUUCAUUGCCGCUGGAAAUAAAGCUAAGUACAAACUCUCCAAAGAAGCUGAGGAAGCUGGUUUUGGUAUUGAACCGAAUGAACUAUCCAACAUUGUUCGAUCCCACGAUGACACUAGUCUAAAACACCAUGGAGGAGUUGAAGGCAUAGCAAGGCAACUCUGUGUGUCAUUGAAAGAUGGUAUCGUUUCAACUGAUUUAACUGUCAGGCAAAAUAUAUAUGGACUCAACCGUUUUGUUGAGAAACCUCCUAAAGGUUUUUGGAUGUUUGUUUGGGAUGCCCUUCAAGAUUUAACUCUCAUAAUCCUUAUGAUCUCGGCUGCAACCUCUAUAGGUGUUGGAAUUGCAACAGAAGGGUGGCCAACUGGUAUGUAUGAUGGCUUAGGAAUAUUACUUAGUAUUUUCUUGGUUGUUAUGGUCACUGCAAUCAGUGACUACAAGCAGUCUUUGCAAUUUAGGGACUUGGACAAGGAGAAGAAAAACAUCGCGGUUCAAGUCACAAGAGAUGGUUGCAGACAAAAGGUGUCUAUCUAUGAUUUGGUGGUUGGUGAUCUUGUUCAUCUCAACAUUGGUGAUCAAGUUCCAGCUGAUGGGAUAUUCAUAUCAGGAUACAGCUUAACAGUUGAUGAAUCAAGCUUGUCCGGUGAGAGUGAGCCUAAGAAUGUAAACAAAACCAGGCCUUUUAUCUUAUCUGGAACUAAAGUAAGAGAUGGUAAUGGUAAAAUGCUUGUUACAGCAGUUGGUAUGAGGACUGAAUGGGGAAGACUUAUGGAGACUCUAAGUGAAGGUGGUAAUAAUGAGACCCCUCUUCAAGUGAAGCUUAAUGGGGUUGCUACUAUUAUUGGGAAGAUUGGUUUGAUUUUUGCUGUGCUGACUUUUAUUGUUCUAACUACAAGGUUUUUAGUUGGAAAGGUAAUGGAUAAUCAAAUCAAACACUGGUCUUCAAAUGAUGCUAUGCAGCUUUUGAAUUACUUUGCCAUUGCAGUGAUAAUUAUUGUUGUUGCAGUUCCAGAAGGACUUCCUUUGGCUGUGACACUAAGUCUUGCUUUUGCCAUGAAAAAAUUAAUGUCUGAUAAGGCUCUUGUGAGACACUUAUCUGCAUGUGAAACAAUGGGUUCUGCUACUUGUAUUUGUACUGAUAAAACAGGAACUUUGACCACAAAUCAUAUGGUGGUAAAUAAAAUAUGGGUAAGUGAACAAAUCAAAACAAUAACAGAUGAUGAUAAAACUGAAAGUGAGCUUAAAUCUUCAGUCUCUGAGGGAGUGAUUAGCUAUCUCUUGCAGUCUAUAUUCUUAAAUACUAGCUCAGAGGUGGUAAAAGGGAAAGAUGGGAAAAGGAAAACCAUUGGUACUCCAACAGAAACUGCUUUAGUAGAGUUUGGCUUGCAUAAGGGAGGUAAUCCAAUAACUUACAGUGAAGAUUAUGAGACAGUGAAGGUUGAACCUUUUAACUCAUUAAAGAAAAAGAUGUCUGUUCUUGUUGCCCUUCCGAAUGGAGGAGGGUUUAGAGCAUUUUGCAAAGGAGCAUCAGAGAUAGUCUUGAAAAUUUGUGACAAAGUACUGAAUGCUGAUGGAGAAGUUGUGACUCUAUCUGAAGAGCAAAGAAGUAACAUCUCAAAUGUGAUAAAUGGAUUCGCUUGUGAAGCUUUAAGAACUCUUUGCUUAGUUUUCAAGGACAUCAAAGAUAAUGUUGAUGGAGAUAGUAUUCCUGAUGAGAAUUAUACACUUAUAGCAGUUGUUGGGAUUAAGGAUCCUGUUCGUCCUGGGGUGAGAGAAGCUGUUAAGAGUUGUUUGGAAGCUGGUAUAACUAUUAGAAUGGUCACUGGAGAUAACAUUCACACUGCAAAAGCCAUAGCCAAAGAGUGUGGUAUCUUGACUGAAGAUGGUUUGGCAAUAGAAGGGCCCGACUUUCGCAACAAAAGUCCGCAGGAAAUCGAUGAGAUUUUACCAAAACUACAGGUAAUGGCUCGAUCAAUGCCUUUGGACAAACACACUUUAGUAGCUCAUUUGAGGAAUAAUGUGUCAAAGGAAGUUGUGGCAGUGACUGGUGAUGGGACAAACGAUGCUCCAGCUUUGCAUGAAGCAGACAUUGGACUUUCCAUGGGAAUAGCAGGAACUGAGGUUGCAAAAGAAAACUCUGAUAUUAUCAUAUUGGAUGAUAACUUCACUACUAUAGUGAAUGUUGUUAGAUGGGGUCGUGCCGUUUACAUCAACAUUCAAAAGUUUGUGCAGUUUCAGUUGACAGUUAAUGUCGUUGCUCUAAUGCUCAACUUCAUUUCAGCAUGUAUCUCAGGGUCUGCUCCACUCACUGCGGUUCAGAUGCUCUGGGUGAACUUGAUAAUGGACAGUCUUGGCGCUCUGGCUCUGGCUACAGAACCACCAAAUGAUGGUUUAAUGAAAAGGCCACCAAUAGGAAGAAAUGUAAAUUUUAUUACUCCAAUAAUGUGGAGAAACAUAAUUGGACAAAGCAUUUACCAGAUUGCGGUCCUUUUAGUCCUUAAAUUUUAUGGCAAACAACUCUUAAACCUCACUGGUUCAGAUACUACUUCAAUUCUUAAUACAGUCAUAUUCAACUCUUUUGUGUUCUGCCAGAUAUUCAAUGAGAUCAACAGCAGGGACAUGGAGAAGAUCAAUGUUUUCAGAGGCAUGUUUGAUAGUUGGCCAUUUAUGAUGGUGAUGUUCUCCACAGUAGCUUUCCAAAUCAUUAUAGUUGAACUUUUGGGGACUUUUGCUGGAACUGUGCCACUGAGUUGGGAAUUGUGGCUACUCAGUGUCUUGAUUGGAGCUGUUAGUUUACCGGUAGCUGUUGUUUUCAAGUUCAUUCCAGUUGAAAUUACACCCAAGAAUCAUCAUGAUCAUGAUGGUUAUGAAGCUCUACCGAGUGGGCCAGAGUUAGUAUGAAAGAACAUGCCAAAGUUAUAGGAAAUAAAUCAGUUGGAUUCCAGCAUUUUGUGGUGGCAGCCUUGAGAUGAUAAAGCAAUUUCAGCACAUUACUUUUGAUUUUCAUGGCAGUUUUAAUUUAAAUUAUUAAUUUGAUUAUUUAUUUCAAAUAUCAAAUUCCAAUUCAUUGAUUCUUUUUCCAUAAAUGGUUGGUUACAUUCAACCUCAGUUGUUCUAUUGUUAUGCUCAAUGUACAUUUCUGACUCGAAGUAGAAAAAAAAUGGCCAUUCCUUGCA